GAUUUAAUUAUUUGGAAAGAAAAUGAAGAGCACGGCCAGGCCUUGGAGCGCAAUGGCAAAGCAAGGGAGUCACGGCGCGGACCGCACAAAAUCGCUCUCUACCACCUCAACAGGAAUGAAGACCUCCAAGUCCUCAACCUCCCUGGCCUUCGAAUCUCGGCUCAGCAAGCUGAAGAGGGCAAGCAGUGAUGAUAUGCUCACAAAACCAGGGAUGACAGCAGUUUCGGGAGUCUCAAGACUGAAGAAGACCAUUACAACAGGAGCAAUUUCGGAGCUUGCUGAGAGUCGACUGAAGCCUAGCACAGGAGCAAUUUCAACCACAAAGCGCACGGGGAUUCCAGGGCCUCGGGAAAUAUCCUCAUCUGUCUCCAGAGAAAGAGCUGUAUUACGUGGUCAAACCAACUCUAGGAAAACUCAGCCUAGUCCAACCUCUUCUGGUACACCCACUCCUACCAAACACAUACGACCCGCUACCAAGUCCAAGCAAGAGAAUGAAACUGGUGACAAAGCUGUUUUGGAGUCUCAGGUUAAAGAACUCCUGGCAGAGGCAAAGACAAAAGACUCGGAAAUUACCAAACUCCGGUGUGAAUUGAAGAAAUGCAAAGAGAAAGGGUCACAUAACCCGGAAGGGAUGGGUGCUUCAGACCAAAACUUAGAAACAUUAUCACCUAUUGAUAUAGAUCCAUUGAUACGAACCCUUCAGGAAAAAAACAGGACUUUUCAAAAAGAGCUUGCUAGCCUGGGAGAAGAAAACCGAGCUUUGAAGGAGAAGUUGCUUUACCUAGAAAACUCUCCUCUCUCAGACACAACAACAAGCAGUGGAGGUGACAGCAGCCUCCCGACUCCAACCACCCAAGAAUCUAGUUUUGGAAGCCCAUCCAAAAAUGCCUUGAAAGGUGAAACAAGUGAGCACACAAGGCAGCAGGUGAAUGGGGGCACUCUACGCAAUUCAGGUUCCUCCAGCAGCGAUGUAACUAAAGCUUCCAUGUCACCUGAUGCAUCUGAUUUUGAACAUAUAGCAGAUAUACCUUCUAGGCCAACAUCCUCCAACAGCAACAACUUCAAAGGUUCCAGAUGCUCCACUACAGGAAGUUCUCCAAACAAUAUUAGUGACCUUUCUGUGGCAUCUCUUACAGAGAGAAUACAAAAAAUGGAGGAGAACCACCAUAGCACAGCAGAAGAAUUACAAGCCACUUUGCAGGAGCUGUCAGACCAACAGCAGAUGGUGCAGGAACUGACAGCAGAAAAUGAGAAGCUAGUGGAAGAGAAAGCACUCCUGGAGACUUCCUUUCGUCAACACAGAGAUAGAGCAGAGCAGCUGAGUCAAGAAAACGAAAAGCUAAUGACUCUCCUCCAAGAGAGAUCCAAGAAUGAAGAAAGUAAAGCUCAGGAAGGGAAAGUGCUUGAACUGGAACAGAAAUGUGCCGAAGUUCUUGAAAAAGCACAAUUUGAAAGAGAAAAAUUGCUCAACAUCCAGCAACAGUUAACCAGUAGCCUGCGGAGCUUAGAAAGGGAGCACCAAGACGCCCAGCAGGUGAUCAAAGGCCUGAGAGAAGAAAAUGAAAAGUUGGUUAAACUUCUAGAAGAGGAACAGCAGAGCAACAGUGCAGCGGCAAAAAAGCUGGAGGACUGUAAGAUUGCCUUAGAAGGCCUAAAAAUUGAGAAUGGGUCACUCAAAACUCAGUUAGAAAGCGAGAAGCAAAAGGCGGCGGAGAUCAACGCAAUGGGAUGUACUGCUGACAGCUCUGAGGUGCAAGAGAUGCUGAAAGUAGCUCAUGCAGAGAAGGAUCAAUUAGAAGUAUCUUGUACUGAGCUUAAACAAGAGCUGCUGAAGGCCAACAGUGAACUGAAGCAUGUUCAGGGUCUCCUAUCUAAGGCUGAGAAUGAGUGUUGUCAACUGAAGGAGAUGUGUGACCGACAGGCUGAACAACUGAGCAGAACUAGCCAGAAGUUGCAGGAAAAAACAUCAGAGAAUGAAGCAGAUAUAAAAAACCUGAAGGAAACGAUUUUUGAGUUGGAGGACCAAGUGGAACAGCACCGUGCUAUAAAACUGCACAAUAACCAGCUCAUCAGUGACCUAGAAAGUAGAGCAAUGAAGCUGGAAGAACAAAAACAAGAUACAGAAAGGCAGCUAAAGGCGCUGACUAAGCAAAUGAAGGAAGAUACAGAAGAGUGGAGACGUUUCCAAGCGGAUCUACAGACAGCGGUGGUUGUGGCCAAUGAUAUUAAGUGUGAAGCCCAGCAGGAGCUGCGCGUGGUGAAGAGGAAACUUCAGGAAGAGGAGGAGAAGAGUGCCAGGCUGCAGAAGGAGCUGGAUGAAGUGAAGGGCAGUAACAGGCUGACAGCUGAAGAGGUAGAAUCUCUAGAAACAGAUGCUGCCAACCGCUGGCACGGAGUCUGCAUUAGCAGAGCGUCCCCCACGCCGGCCGAGUCGGCAGCCACUGUGAAGUCACUCAUCAAAUCAUUUGACUUAGGAUGCCCAGGUAGCACUGGACAGAAUAUCCCAGUUCACAAGGUCCCCAGGAGCCCUCUCAGUGGGAUUCCCGUGAGAACAGCCCCAGCGGCUGCUGUCUCCCCCAUGCAGAGACAUUCUGUUUAUAAUAAUGGAAAAACAGCCAGUAAAGGAGUUGCCAGACACACAGAUCUUUCAGACCUUCCUCUUGCAGACCUCCUGAAGGGGAGAACCGAAGAGCUGAAGCCAGACCAUUACCUCCGCAAAAGCCCCUCCCUGGAGUCCCUGAGCAAGCCCUCCAUGGCCUUCAGCAGCAGGAUGCUUGCUUCCACCCCCAGCAACUUGAAACCCCCCAGCAAACUCAGUGUGGAAAGAAAGGACCCACUGGCAGCCCUGGCCCGGGAGUAUGGAGGCUCGAAGAGAAAUGCUCUGUUGAAGUGGUGCCAGAAGAAGACUGAGGGUUACCAGAAUAUCGACAUCACCAACUUCAGCAGCAGCUGGAGUGAUGGACUGGCCUUCUGUGCUCUCCUGCACACAUAUUUGCCUGCACAUAUUCCAUACCAGGAGCUCAAUGGCCAGGAUAAAAAGAGAAAUCUGAUGUUAGCAUUUCAAGCUGCUGAAAGUGUAGGCAUCAAACCAAGUCUGGAACUCAGUGAGAUGAUGUACACGGACCGGCCAGACUGGCAGAGUGUGAUGCAGUACGUCGCCCAGAUUUACAAGUACUUUGAGACCUGAGAUGCAGAACAAGAGGUGGGCAGAAGUGGGGAGAGACUGAAGAAAGCUACAGAUGCACUCAAUCACUUUAAAAAGCCCCUCGUUCCUCUUCCACAACCAUCCUAAGCUCUUAGUCUGGCAGAAAGCUCUUCCAUAAUUGUGAUUACACCUGGGACUACGACCAAAUAUCCACUGUCCACCUAUAUAAACCACAUCCAUCUGUAAUUUUAUUCCUACAUGGAAACUGCAAAGCGUUUUUUACCAGGUCUAGGAGUUUUCUGAAGAGGAUCCAUUGUGCUAACAAUGUUUGUCUGAAACCAGCAUCUGCCAACAGGAGACCUUCCACAAAAUGAAGUAUUAAACCAGUGUGGACUAAUGCUGGCAGUCAAGAGAAGCUGGGAGAUUUAAUACUAACACAAAAGCCCACAAAAAUGUUGUUCUUGCCAAAACAUGCUUAACUCAUCCCAAAUGCUGCUUUCUUGCCUUCAUACCUUUUGUAAGACACUGUGACAGGUGCAUGUAAGUGUGUAGAAACUUAAGUUGAGUUACUCUGAUACAUCUGACCCAAGAAGCCUCCUAAUUUGCUUGUCAUAGCUUAUCCAACAGGAUAGUAACGGGAGCAUUUGUCACUUGGAAGCCACACUCUGUUCCAUCUCUGAUUAGUGACCGAACUUCAAAGAUCCUGCCUGGUGCUGGGACUCCAUUUCAGAUCAAACAGAAAUUAUCUCUUUGAGAAAAAUAGCUUUAUUACUACAGCUUCCUGACUGUGGCUUCAUUACUGCAGGAAGGCAGAGCCCUGUUUCCCAGCUGACUGUGCAGGCACAGUUGUCAUGCAAACUUACUAGUUUUAUUUUACAAGGUGCCAGUAAUCAGGUGGUGACUCUUUAAGCAAUACAGGAACAUCUCAGUACUUCUUAUUUUUGUGGAUUGAGUGGAGUAACUUCUGCGUCGUUCCUGAAUCGCAGAGGUAUGUAUGUAGCUGCUGUCAGUGCAUGAAUCCUGAGACAGUUUCCAUGCUUAGAAGUGAUAAAAUCCCGUAAAAGAACAUAGUAAUAUAUUAAUACCAAUGGAAAUUGCAACUUCAAUCCACAAGUUACAAGGAAUUUAACUGGAACACCUCUCUGUGCCAUGGAAAUCUUUAAGAUGCCACAGAAUAGCUUUUCAGCUCAAUAGUCCUGUUAGUAAAACAUCUGAAAGGUACUGUUUAAUUUACAGUUACACCGUGUCUUUCAUUUCACCCCAUGAAGUUAACUUUUCUGUUUGCCUGCCGUGCUAGCAGGAUCAAACAGGCUGCUUAAUUUGUUCUGAAAUCAGGUCUCAGAGAGCCUUCUUUGUACAGCAGCUCACAGAAAGCCGCCUCGCUGCUUUAGAUUGUGCUGAUAGAAGAAAGAAAUUGUAUAGUUAGUGUGUUUAACCCUGUGACCCGGACCUGAUGCUUCGUGAAUGUUAAUCAUGACAGCUAGGGAGCGUUUCUCCCUUACAGAAGAUAAUAGUGUGUUCUCACUGCUCUUAACUCCAGAAAAGAGACUAAUGAAAUAGAAACAGGUGCUUUCAUAGAGGAAACUUGGUGUUUCAGGGUUUGGGGGGAUUUGCAGGUGGCUGAGCGUAGCUCUGGCUUUCCCAAAGUGCUUUGGUUUCUUGAUGCUAUUUAAUUAGUAAGGAGCCUAUUUCAGCUAUUGGUGUUCUCACAACAAAAUACUGGGUUAGGGGGGAGAUGCCAGUGGCUGGGGUCAGCGAGGGAACUGAGCAGAAAUGCAGUGUGCACCUGUGUCACAAAAGGAGAAAAGCGUCGUCUGCUCCGAGUCCUAGUCUGCCAUUUGUUCUAAUCCAUCAUGCCCAGGAAAGUCUGAUUCCAAUCUUUGGAGAGUCCUUGUGAUAAAAGGAGACAGUGGCACACACUUAACAGUGCCCUAGCACUCUUUGGUGUCAUCCUAUACUGUGGGAAAGUCGUUGUAAAUGCCGGCCGGAGAGCUUUCCUUGCAAGA